CGGUUUGCUGUGCGCGGAACAUGGCGGGCGUCGGCGACGCGGCCGCCCCGAGAGAAGGCGGCGCGGACGGCGCCGAGCGGGACGGCCGCGCUGAGGCGGAGCAGCUGGGCGGCGGCGGCGGCGGUCACGGGCCCCCGCCGGCGCCUCAGCACACGGAGACGCUGGGCUUCUACGAGAGCGACCGGCGGCGGGAGCGGCGCCGCAGCCGCGCAGAGCUUUCACUGUUCAGGUUCCUCAGCGCUGAACUAACCAGAGGGUACUUCCUUGAACAUAAUGAGGCCAAGUAUACAGAAAGAAGAGAAAGAGUGUACACGUGUAUGCGGAUACCAAGAGAACUGGAAAAGCUCAUGGUUUUUGGAAUCUUUCUGUGCCUGGACGCGUUUCUCUAUGUGUUCACCCUGCUUCCCGUCAGAGUCUUCCUGGCCCUAUUCAGGCUCUUCACUCUGCCUUGCUAUGGCCUAAGGGACAGACGUGUGCUUCAGCCCGCCCAGGUGUGUGACGUCCUGAAGGGGGUCAUCUUGGUCAUCUGCUAUUUCAUGAUGCACUACGUGGACUAUUCCAUGAUGUAUCACCUGAUCCGGGGGCAGUCAGUCAUCAAGCUGUACAUCAUCUACAACAUGCUCGAGGUAGCAGAUCGCCUGUUUUCCUCCUUUGGGCAAGAUAUAUUAGACGCUCUGUACUGGACAGCCACAGAGCCCAAGGAGCGGAGGAGGGCCCACAUCGGGGUGGCCCCCCACUUCUUCAUGGCAGUCCUCUAUGUCUUUUUGCACGCCAUCCUUAUAAUGGUUCAAGCAACAACUCUCAACGUGGCUUUCAACUCACACAACAAGUCCCUGCUUACUAUCAUGAUGUCUAAUAAUUUUGUCGAAAUUAAAGGAAGUGUUUUCAAGAAGUUCGAAAAGAACAAUCUUUUUCAAAUGUCAAAUAGCGAUAUUAAGGAACGAUUCACAAAUUAUGUGCUUUUGCUAAUAGUAUGUCUGAGAAACAUGGAGCAGUUUUCUUGGAAUCCAGAUCAUCUCUGGGUGUUAUUUCCAGAUGUCUGUAUGGUGGUCGCAUCAGAAAUUGCUGUGGAUAUUGUAAAACAUGCUUUUAUCACAAAGUUCAAUGACAUCACGGCAGAUGUCUACAGUGAAUAUAGAGCCAGCCUUGCUUUUGACCUUGUUAGCAGUCGACAGAAAAAUGCGUAUACUGAUUAUAGUGACUCCGUGGCCCGGAGGAUGGGGUUCAUUCCUCUCCCACUAGCUGUUUUACUCAUCAGAGUGGUAACAAGUUCAAUUAAGGUGCAAGGAAUCCUGUCUUAUGCCUGCGUCAUCCUCUUCUAUUUGGGGUUGAUCUCCCUGAAAGUCCUGAACAGCAUUGUCCUGCUGGGGAAAUCCUGCCAGUACGUGAAGGAGGCCAAAAUGGAAGAGAAGUUGUUUAACCCUCCCCCGGCCAGCGCUCCCGGCAAACCGUCCAGCAAAUCACAAAACAAGUGUAAACCCUCCCAAGAAGAAACCCUGUCUGCCUCGGUCACCAGCCAGCCCUCUCAUCAGAAGGAAAAUGCGAUCCCGCUGCUCGUCACGAGCAGCUCUGAUCAGCUUCUGACCACCCCAGAUGGCGACGAGAAGGACAUAACACAGGACAACUCGGAACUGAAACACAGGUCCUCAAAGAAAGAUCUGUUAGAGAUAGACAGGUUCACAAUUUGUGGAAAUCGAAUUGACUGAAUUCCAGAGCUCCAGGUGCCAAAGACGCAGUCCCGGGGCCCCAGAGGUGGUGCCCCCCGGACGGACAGAUGCUGAAGACGGCACUUAAAUAUUUAUUUAAGAACUUAACUUAUUGACAGAAAGCAAAUCUUAGUGUCCUUCUCCUGGUGACGUGGUCUGGCUGAAAGUCAGGUCACACAGGGCAGCCAGCAGCGACCUGCAGCCUCGAGCCCUUGGACAGAUGGAUGGCUCAGGAAGGGUCCCUCCUGCUUGGGGAAGCCACAGAGUCACCCUGGGCCCCGCAGGAGCAACCCCACCACCCCCUCCGCUCGUCACUCUGUGCUUCCAUAGGGUGGGAUUCCACCUCGAGUCCUCCUCGGCGUCGGGAUGCGCUGGAGACGGUGGAGCUCUCACACGACGCUCCAUUUCCAGCCUCAUUCUGUCCCCACAGUUUUCAAACUUCAUCUGCCAAAGCAUUAAAAAAAAAAAAAAGAUAAUUAAACUUAACAUAAAUGUUCUUACCACCAGAAUACUCUUCGAAGAUGUAUCUGCGUUAAUCAGAAUAAAAAGCUACCUUAAAUGAGACAUGAUGGAUAGUAGCAUUUUAUAGAGGGAAAGAAAAAAAACCCUUAAGCCAGUUUAUUUAAAAAAUACGAAUGAAUGAAGGUUUGCAUCACUGAGAAAAUGUUUCCUAAUUUUUCAGUUUUACUCUUCACAGCCAAAUGUGAGCUGUGUAUUGUGUAAUUGCAGUGGAUAAAAUAGGAAUUCCCUGACAGAAAGGCACUUUUUAUACUGAAAAAAGCAGAGCAGUGUUCAUUUUCAGGUAGAGUUAACUGGUUUCCCUUUCAAAUUGAUUGCUUCCUAAGUUGUUACCGUUAAAAGGGUUUGGUGUUAAACAGGCUGAGGAAUCAUCAGAGGACAAAAUUCAAAUGUAUCAACUUCAACUGGGUUUUUCAAGUCCCAGUUUUAAAGUCAGUCUUGUGUGGGUGGGGCAUCGUUUUACUCGGGCUCCUAGAAAGAGCUGGUCUGCCCGUCUGUCUGUCUGUAUGCCUGCACAUGGCCCGGGUCUGUGCUCUGGGGAGAUGGGCCCUCGGGUGCACUGGUCUGCCUGUCGGUCUGUCUGUCUGUGCGCCCACACCUGGUCCGGGUCUGUGCCCUGGGGGGAGGUGGGUGCUCGGGUGCGUAUGUGCCAGGGUGGGCAGGCUGUGUGGGGAGAAGGAAAGGAGACAUUUGGGGCAUGUGUGUGGUCGUCAGGGUGUGGACAGGGGCUUGUGUAGGGAGCAGCCAAACGAUGCUUCUUGGCUUUGUUUGAGAUCAAGAUUCUAUUUCUGCUUAAUUACCAGUCCAUGGCCCACAUCACAGGACAAGUUCUUUUCCACCACAUUUUAUCUUGAGGAGCCUUUCUGCAUUUUUAUAAAGAUUUUCCAGGGUCUGAUUUCAGAAUGUCCAGAUGUUGCCGUUAGCUGUUAACUUCCUUUGAGGUUUUCAUCUGAAGCUCCGCCCUUUUGCUGAUAUUCCCUGCAUGUGAUACUGCAGAAGGUAAAUUUUAGCUGAUUUGUCUUAUCUCCUGGGUGAAACAUAAGGUAGGCUUUAAUGCUUUGACUCGUUCCUCUGAAAAAUAAAAGCAAAUUUUAAUGUGUUGCAUUAAAGCUAAAGAAGUCUGAAGAUGAUUGUUCACAUAAGAAUGAAAAAGGAAAUAGUACAGAAAUGCUUUUGGGAAACCAGGAAGUACUUUAAGUUAAAAAUGAAAGACUUGAAAUUGCUUUGUGUAUGUUUCAGUGAAGGCCCAUAUUAGAAUUAUUAUUGUGUUAUUAUUGUUUUCCCACCUUCUCUUCACCACCAUAAGGAACAGUGUCCACGAGGAAUGGGAAUAGCGUGGAGAAACCUUUGCCAAACAAAGACCUGAUCAGAGCAAAAAUAUGAUGUGGGUAUAUCUUUCAGUUCAGCUUGAAUGACUCUGUAACUAUAUUGUCAUUUUUGGAAGUUUUUGUUUUGGUUUUUUUUUUUGCAGAAUAUAUUGGGAGUUUGGACUGAUGUUCAUUUCUUCUGUUAAAAUGGCAUUCAGUACUAAUUUUAUAAGUGCAUCUUGUGUGAAACUCAAUAAAUUCAAUUUUAUAAUCUUUUUUAAAA